AUGGAGGGUACUGAUCUGGAGCUUGUCGACCGCUACGUCCAGAGCAAGCACGACGGCAGCGACGAAGACAUCGAUGCUCUUCUCGACGAGGUCGACGACGACGUGAUGGCUCGUCACCGGGAACGGCGCAUUGCCGAGCUCCAGCGCCAGUUCAAAGCGGUGGACUCUGCGGCGGCAUCGGGGAGGCUCACCACUUAUACUGACGAGAAACCGGUAAUGGAGCUUGCCGCACUGUCACCUAAAUGUCUCAUCCACUUUUUACUGCCUCAAUUCGCCCGAUGUCAGACGAUGCUGGCGCUUUUGGAGCGUGUGGCGGCGACCCAUCCUGACGUCGACGUGGCCCAGAUCGAUGCCGCGUCGGCGCCGUUUCUUGUCACUCGUUUAGGGGUGAAAGUGUUACCGUUGGUGGUGGGCUACAUCCAGGGUAAGGAGCGGUGCCGAUUGGUCGGGUUUGACACCGGUACUAACCCUGGCGACUCGCUAAGCUACCAGGAGCUCGAGGCCUACUUGGUGCGGUGGGGCAUGGUGACUCGCUCCAGUGUGCGGAAAGUGACUCGCGCCCGUGAUGCCAACUCCGGCGACGACGAUAGCGAUAGCGGGCUCGAUAUGUGA